AGAACACCGCUUUUCCUUGCACGGAAGGAGGGAGCGUGGAUGCCUGUGUCUGAUGGUCAUCUGCACAGCGGCGUCUGGGGGAGUGAGGAAGAACACAGGUCAGCACCCGGUGGGAGGAGACUGCCGUCCACCCGUCCCCAGGUGUGGUCAGCAUGGGCCCCGUGGGCAAACAGAGCCCCUUGCCCCUGCCGGUCCCCGCAGGAGGGUCCUGCCUCGUCCUCCUCUUAUGCCUGCGCUUGGGUGCGUCCUGCCCGCAGAGCUGCCAGUGCCCCGAACACGCCGGGGCCGUGGCUGUCCACUGCAGUGCGAGGGGCCUGCAGGAGAUCCCUAAGGACAUCCCUGCCAACGCUGUGCUGCUGAAGCUCGAUGCCAACAAACUCACCCACAUCCCUAACGGAGCCUUCCAGCACCUGAACCAGCUGAGGGAGCUGGACCUGUCCCAGAACACCAUCGAGACCAUCGGUCCCGCUGCCUUCUCGGGCCUGGCCGGGGGCCUGCGGCUGCUAGACCUCUCCCAUAACCGCAUCCGCAGGAUUCCGAAGGACGCCCUGGGCAAGCUCAGUGCCAAGAUCCGCCUGUCGCACAACCCCCUGCACUGCGAGUGUGCGCUGCAGGAGGCCCUGUGGGAGCUGAAGCUGGACCCCGAAUCGGUGGACGAGAUCGCCUGCCACACGGCGGCGCAGGAGGAGUUCGUGGGGAAGCCGCUGAUCCAGGCUCUGGACUCCGGGGUCAGCUUCUGCAGCACCCACCACAAGACCACCGACGUGGCCAUGCUGGUCACCAUGUUCGGCUGGUUCGCCAUGGUGAUCGCCUACGUUGUGUACUACGUGCGCCAGAACCAGGAGGACGCCAGGAGGCACCUGGAGUACUUGAAGUCCCUGCCCAGCGCCCCCGUGUCCAAGGACCCCAUCGGCCCCGUGCCCUAGUGCCUGCCGGCGGAAGCAGAGCACCGCCUACCUGUCCCCCAUCACUCUCGUAGCAGGUGGUGGCCGAGCAGCGGGUCCUCACAGCCCCCUCCAUGCGGCACUUUGCCCCCACAGAGCCCUCCCUUGCGUUGCACUGAAGACACCGUGCCACGCUUCAAGUCCAAAAUGUGGCCAUCAGGCCCAUUUGACGGGCCAGGAAGCCAAAGCUUGGAGAAAUGGCAUUGCCCACAACCACACAGUCAGGAGACAAGCCGGUCAGGACUUAAAACCAGGCCAUCUGUCAUGGAGUUCCAUGUCCCUUGUGCUCUGCUGGCCUCAUCCGCGUGGCACCUGUAGGGCGUGAAUGGCAUUCCGAGAAGAAAGGCUCUUGUCUGCGCGUGUGAGGUCU